AUGUUCACCGCAAGGAAGAAAAUCCAGAAGGAUAAGGGGUUGGAGCCAACUGAGUUCGAAGAUGUUGUUGCUCAGGUUUAGAAAUAAUUCUCUUUAAUAUGCGUUUUAUUCGUUUAUUUUCUGUAAUUUUUCAUUGCAAGACUGAGCUGGAGUCUGGUUUGUUUGUUUGUUUGUCUGUCUGUCUGUCUGCCUGUUGCACUAGGCGCUGUUCGAUCUGGAGAACUCUAACAAUGAGCUGAAGAGCGAACUGAAAGAUCUUUUCAUCAAUUCCGCACUGUACUGCCAAAUUCUAUAUAUAUAUAUAUAUAUAUAUAUAUAUUAUGAUUGUUUUAUUUUUUAUUUUAAUUGUUAAUGGCUAUCACUUGCAUUCAUCGCAGUCAGGUUGAUGUUGCUGGGAGCAAGAAGGCCGUCGUCAUUCAUGUUCCUUUCAGAUUGAGGAAAGCCUUCCGCAAGAUUCACGUGCGCCUCGUGAGAGAGCUCGAGAAGAAGUUCAGUGGGAAGGUAUUCUGCAAGCUCAGCUUGUUACUGAUCAUACUAAUCUGGGUCAUCCUGAUUAUAUUCGAUUUCAACUUUUUAUAAGUAGAUCACUAAAAGAAAAAUCCCCAUUUUUCUCUCAUGUAGGAUGUGAUCCUGAUCGCCUCGCGGAGGAUUUUGAGGCCACCGAAGAAAGGGUCAGCAGUCACACGCCCCCGCAACCGCACACUGACUGCCGUCCACGAUGCCGUGCUCGAGGAUGUUGUGUACCCUGCAGAGAUCGUGGGCAAGCGUGUGCGAUACCGUCUCGAUGGCUCGAAGAUUAUCAAGGUGAGAAGCAUACUGGGCUAUUUUCUUCAGUCCAGUGUGCAUUAGCUAUAAUCUGGGAGAAUAUGGACUCAUGCUUUCUAAGUUCCAUCAAGACACCUCGAGAUGGGUUCAGUUGACUUCAUUGCUUCUCUGUAUAUUUCGAUUCAAGUCCAUGAUGCUUGGCAGUGGGACGAGCUGGGGGUUGACUUCUUAUGAUAUUCUUUUGAGACAUUCAUUCCCCAUGAUAUAUGUCAGAAUGAGUGAUCGGUUGCGCUAAUGGCGAAUGCCCUUUCUCUCUCAAACCGUUUCCUAAUAUCGUUCAUCUUUCUGCCAGAUCCUCCUCGAUCCCAAGGAGAAGAACAACACCGAGUACAAGGUCGACACAUUCGGCGCUGUCUACCGCAAGCUCUCUGGCAAGGACGUUGUGUUCGAGUACCCCAUCACCGAGGCCUGA